AUGCUGUACGUGGACAAGUAUCGGCCCAAGGACUUGAGUGAGCUGCAUUACCACUCGCAACUCACAGAUCAGCUCCAGAGCUUGCUCCGAGUGGAUCAGCGCGUUUUUUUGAAUCCGAGCAAGCGCAAGAUUGAGGUCAAUCUUAUCAGCAGCAACUACCAUAUUGAAAUCACACCCAGCGACGCAGGAAAUUAUGACCGCCUCAUCAUUCAGGAUAUCCUCAAAGAGAUUGCACAGACACAGCAAGUGGACCAGAAUGCAGCGCAUCGGUUCAAGGUCAUUGUCAUCAAUGAAGCGGAUAUGCUCUCGCGUGAUGCCCAGGCCGCGCUCCGCCGAACUAUGGAAAAGUAUAUGCAGAACUUGCGCAUCAUUCUGUGUGCGAACAGCACCUCGCACAUCAUUGCACCUAUCCGGUCGCGAUGCCUGCUCCUUCGCGUGGGUGCGCCGAAGGACGAGGAUAUGGCGCGCGUGCUGCGGCACGUUGCCAAGCGCGAAAAGUUUCACUUGCCAGACCAUGUGGCCGAUGAGAUUGUGCGCAAUGCUGAGGGAAAUGUGCGCAAAGCUAUUCUUGUCCUGGAGACGCUGCGCGUCCAAUCCCAGACUGGCAGAUGUACUGAACUGCGAAGUGCCACUGGCAACAAACCCAUCUUCCAUCUGGAGGCCUUUGUGGCCCAAGUCAUGUUUAUGCAAAAGUCUCUCCUGCUAGGGAUGGAUCUGGAAUAG